AGACGACGACAAUGAUGAUAGUGAAAAUGAAAGCGAUAGUGCCGACUAUGACAAUGUCAGUUCAAUAUUCAAGCGACAACUACCAGUAUCAAAAUCCGAAGCAUCCUUACCUACACAUCAUCAAAAUGGGGCUACACCAUCUCACCUCCCGCAACUUGUCAGUCCACAUUCCAAAACCAGUACAGGUUCAUCACAAACAUCGCUGUCAGGUACCGACUCCAAAGUCAAUCACUCCCUCGGGUUACCGCAGAUUGGUGGCAGCGACGAUUUUGCACAAAGCAUAUUUGGUGAUAUGCCAGCCUUCCAUGAUGCACAGUCCAAAGAAAAAUCAAUCCAACCGGUACCGUCUCCCUUGUCAAUGCAGCAAGCCCGUGAUUCUACAUCCAGUGUUGCUUCUGAUCGGUUAAGCCACACGGUGGAUAUACCUAAAUCUGCCGAACCACCUGUCAAUGCAGUGAAACCUGGUGCAUAUGCGCCCAACCGAGGUCCACGCAAUGUACCGAGCAAUCAAGUGGCUGCUUCUGCCAGUGGUGAUAGUCGCUCCAGUAUUCAAAGUAUGACACCUAGCGACUCGGAUAACAGUCUUCCCGGUACUCGCUUUCGAAAUCCUACUGCCGCAGUGGGCCGUCCAGCUCGAUCCGUGGCUUCCGUCAAUUUAUCGUCCCCAGCUCCUCCCAUGGGCCAUCGUUGGACACCGGCUCCUCUUUCUUCAAGACCUUCGGGCGCUGCAUCGGUCAAUGGCGAUUUCGAUCGUCGAUCCAUCUAUCCACAGCACCAACAACAGUGGGAUACAGCGUCGGUGGAUCCCCGUAUGAUGAUGGGUGGUGCGGCAGCGCCGUUUUUUGGCUAUUACAAUGAUCCGCAUAAUGUAUACGACGGCAGCGUUUACGGGGGCGACGAUGGAUAUAUGGAUGGAGCCGGCAUGUCGCAUUUAGGCGAACCACACUUGACGCACAACAGUUUAUUAGAUAACUAUAGACGUGAACAUCUGCCUGUACAUUCCCAAGAAGAGCUGGCGCGAGCAUCGGGUCAACCAUUGGUGCAAUUACCUAACAAACCUCCCCAACCCAAAGCCGGGCUCAUUGGCGUGAUAUCUCAAUUGGAGCAUGAAAAGAAGGAAAAGGAAGCAUCCAAAGGAAGGACGAUGGAUAUGGAGAGAGAGCACAUGCUGGAACAAGAGCGUAUCAUGUUUGAGCAACGACAGCAAAUGAUGCAACAGCAGCAGGCGAUGAUGGGUGCCAAUCCUUAUAUGAUGAACAUGAUGGGUUACGGUAUGGGAAUGAACAUGGGCAUGCCUGUGAUGGAUCCUCGUUUCGCGAUGAUGGGAUCGAUGCCCAUGAUGGAUCCACGUAUGCCCAUGAUGAACGGUAUGAAUAUGGUUGGUAUGCCCAUGAUGGAUCCUCGAAUGUCGAUGAUGGGAAUGCCUGCAGCCAACAAUAUGUACGGACAACUCCCCAUGUAUCCGCCCACCAAUGGCUUGUGGAAUAACUUUCAACGAUUCAAUGGGGGUAUCCAAGAAGAAGUAGAAGACGAAGACGAUAAUGCACCACUAGGAAAACCGGCCGGUUUUGGUUCACCACAUAUGGAAGCCGACAAGCGAUUAUCCAAUGCUUAUUAUCAACGACAGCGUCAAAGAACGAACAACUCAUAACUUAUUUUUCUCCUGUUAUCAGCUCAUCAAAAAGCAUACUUAAUCUGUUGUUUUUGUUUUGUUUUUACAUUAAUACUCGUCGUUUAAUCCAUCGACUCUUUUUUUUUUUUUUUUUUUUCG